CGUUGUAGUUAGACGUCUUUAGUAGUUUUGCGUCUCUCUUUAAACAAUUUUUUCUCAAAAAGUGAAAGUAAAUGCCAAAAAAUUACCGAAAUCUCAACAACAACGCGCCCGAUGGCGGUUACGGAUGGAUAAUUGUAGCGGGCGCCAGUUUAACGAACAUCUUCAACCAAAGUCUCGUCUCGCUCUUCGGUUUAUUGUUCGGCGACAAAAUCACAUCAAUAACCCCGAGUACCGGAGCUGCUGCCAUCGUCAUGAACGUCUCGAGCUUAUUUCUCAAUUUUUCCGGUUUACUCACGGGACCUUUGCUGAAAUUUUACUCUCCUCGAGCACUGACGAUGUUUGCGAGCUUUUUGAGCGGAUUUGGACUCAUCGCGAGUGCUUUUAGUACAAAAGUUUGGCAUCUGUUGCUUUGUUACUCGUUUUGCGUCGGAUUUGCACUCGGCGUGAUAAUUCAAGCGCAAUUCAAUGCCAUAAAUCAGUAUUUUAGACGACGAAAGGGAUGUGCAGUGGGCAUUGCUGUUGCCGGAACAGGCACGGGACAAGCAUUGAUGCCUCAUGUCGUGCGAUAUUUACUCGAAUUUUAUGGAUUUUCGGGCACUGUGAUGAUAAUGGGAGCUUUAGCGUGGAAUGGAUUAGUUGGAGGAAGUCUUUUUCAUCCCGUCGAAUGGCAUCUGAAGAAAAAAGGAAAGCAGAAGACGAAGCUGCGAACGAUAAAAGUUAAUGGAGAAAGAAAAAAUUCGAUAAAAAAUGAAGAAAAAGUGACAAAAAAGUUUAAAUUGUGGGAUGAAAUUUGUUCUUUGGGGAAUACGUUGUUUGAAUUGUUGGAUUUAAAAUUACUGAGAGAUCCGUCGUUUUUGACCUUGACAGUUGGAUUGGCUCUCGCUUACACGGCAUCGAUUAAUUUUUCCAUGAUUUUUCCAUAUUAUUUACAGAACGUAGCAAAUAUGACAAAAUCCGAAACGGCGCUCAGCAUGUCGAUGUUAGCAGGCGCUGACUUGGCAUCACGCUUACUUCUACCAAUACUCACGGAUCGUCUCCAUCUCUCGAGCAAACUCAUCUUUCUCAUUGGAAUCAUCUCACUUGGAAGUCUUCGUUUGGUUCUCGCUCAAAUUUCCGAUAAAUAUGUCGUGAUGAGCGUUUCAAUAAUUUAUGGAUUGGUUCGUGCCUCGACAGUUGUUCAUCAAAAUCUGGCAGUUUCAGAAUAUUGUCACAAAAAUCCCGAAUUAUUUGGAAAUGCUCUCGGGCUGAAUAUGACAGCAAAAGCGAUUUUUGUGAUAACUUUGGGACAAUUGCUGGCAUAUGUUCGAGAUUUUACGGGAAGUUAUGAAAUGGUUUUGUAUUCGCAGGCUUUUGUUUUGUUGAUUGUUGUUGCGAUUUGGGUACCUGAGAUGAUUUACCAAAAAAUAUUGGAUAAAAGAAGAGAAAGUUAUGAAGAGCUUUGCUAUGAAACUACUCAAUGUGAUGAAUGUUUUACAAAAUAAUUAAUUUUAAUUCAUGAGCUGAAUCCAAAGAAUGUU